AGAAGAAACAGGAACAACUUCAAGGUCUGGCAAGCAAAAGUCAAAAUUAGAUGUUCAAACAUGUGUUAGUAAAACUAUUAGCAACCAUUUUUGUGACGGACACAUGAAGAACUGCAGCUUAAAGCUGUGGGAAGAGGAUCUAAAAAAUCUUCUUUAGGGCUGGAGGAUUUGGCCCAAACUAUCUUAUUGUAAAAAGAACAUUAUAUAUUUAACAUACACACGCAGAUAAUUUAGCAUCAACGCUGAGGUAAUAAUAAAACUUCAGGAUCAAUGCAUCAAUAAUACAUAACAUUUAGACAAACUAAAAACGUUCCCAUAAAACCAGCUGUUCACCUGAACGCAUCACAUCCUCCAACCAUCAUUUGAGGAUUUUCCUCAUGUUCCUUCACUCAAAGACGCACGAAUGAGACCGUGAAGGAAAAUGCGCGUCUAAGAAGCGUCAACAAAGAAAACUGUUCUUGCUCUGACCACACGGGGGCGUCAAAGUAACACUUUUCUCUGGGCAUGUGGUUUUUAUUUAACCGCAGAAGUUGAACUUCCUCCUUCUGCACUCAUGUUUUGACACUUUGUCAUCUCUGAAACUGUUAAGACAAAAUGUUUGAGCGCACAAAACAGAGACGCGUUUCACAGGAAAACCUCGGAGAACGGGUCAGUCAGAGCGUUUUAAAGAGCCUCACCCAUUAUCUUUGGCUUUGACAAAGUGUUUUGAGUUUAGUUUACAUCCCUAAUUCCUCCUUUGAAUGAACGAACUCUUCAAAGUAGCAGUACUUUUGUUACGUUAAUUUGCGCUUCGGAGCAGUUAAGGGGUUAACAUCUUGGCGGCGUUUCUGAGCCAAACCGGAUAACGGUGACAUCAAACCUCGCAGUGAUCUCUUAAAUGGAGAGAGUGCAGCGUCAGGGGUGGAUCUUCAGGGUCUGAACCUCUCCACGGAUGUGCGCCGACCUUGGAGUCUCCAGGCGCGCGUAAAAGGGAGAUUUUACGCACUGAAAUUAGCCGGAGCUGAGGAGCGGAGUCAUUUUGCGUGACUGCUGUCCAGCAUCCGGCACACGCGCUCAGAUAUCCCACAGACCCCCCCCCCCCCCCCCCGGACUUAAUCGGAGCGAAGAUCAGAACCAAGCAGGACGCAGUUUCAGCUGAUUACAGCGGCGUCUUGUUGCAGAGUGCUCACUGGAAUUUUUCCCAUCACCCCGAGAGACGCAGGCUUUGGGAAUUUCUUCGCUGAAACGAGGAUUAUUCCUGCGUAAAGUGCAGCCUUUACGAAACAGUGAUCUCAGUGAUGCUUUGGCGCCGUGCGCUUCUUCUUGGCUCCUCCGCGUCUUCCAGGAAGGAUUUAAACGCCGCUCAUCUCGAUUAGGAAGCGUGAGAGAAGUGGUUGAAGAUGAGCGCCCUGCAGACUCUCCUCCUGCUUCUCCUCCUGCACCAGGUCACAUGCAGCAAGGUGCAUGGAGGAGCCUCAGAGCCAAUCCAGUGGACGGACCGUGAGAGCGAGCAGAAGACAUCUCCCGUGGGGGCCAGUCCACGAAUGAUCAACCCCCUGCGUUUGUUCGCCAGGGGCUCCCCCGAGCUCAAGGGCGGCGUGAGGGAAAUGACAUAUUUACAGAACAUUGAGGACUUUUGGGACUGGUUAUCUAACCAGACAGAUGUUCAGAGCGCUCAGGCCAGAACUAAACGCAGACCCAUCGUCAAGACUGGCAAGUUCAAAAAGAUGUUUGGCUGGGGGGACUUCAACUCCAACAUCAAGACUGUCAAGCUCAAUCUGCUGAUCACGGGUAAGAUCGUGGACCACGGAAACGGCAGUUUCAGUGUUUACUUCCGUCACAACUCCACCGGGAUGGGGAACGUGUCAGUAAGCCUGGUGCCGCCGUCCAAGGUGGUGGAGUUUGAGAUCAGCCAGCAGUCCACACUGGAGACCAAAGAUACCAAAUCCUUCAACUGUCACAUCGAAUACGACAAGACUGACCGCAGCAAGAAGACUGCUCUGUGCACCCAUGACUCCUCCAAGGUGUGCUAUCAGGAGCAGACGCAAAGCCACGUGUCUUGGCUGUGCUCCAAACCCUUCAAAGUCAUAUGCAUCUAUAUAGCCUUUUACAGUGUAGACUACAAACUGGUGCAGAAAGUAUGUCCAGACUACAACUACCACAGUGACACACCGUACUCUUCCACGGGAUGAGGUAGCCUUUAGAACAGCUUGGGUUGGUCUCAUCAUGUAAAUACGAAGCUGUAAACUCCCGACUGUCUCCCGAAAUUCCUAAAAAUCCGACCUUUGUUGCUGUACGUACAGCUGAGUGGGACGCUGGCUGGAGGGACGUGGCUUGACCCCUGUAGAUACUGAACAUGUAUGAAGAUCCGGGGUGUGGGAUUUUAAUAGCAAAGUGAGAUUUGGAACAAUGAAUCAUUAUCCUUACAGCAGCUCCUGCUCCCUGGAGACCCGAUGAUAUAAUUACUGUGUUGUCCAGAUGUUUUCUUUGAGGCUAAACCAUAGGCAACUGGAUAGCUGGCACACUAACAGUGUCAAGAUACUGCCUCACCUUAUUUAUGUAAAAAGAGGAUUUUUGCAUCAGACUAAACUAGAUUAGCGAAGAUGAACGGUGCAAACAUGUUUUAAUUAGUUUAAUUAUCAACUGUCUUACAGAAAAAAGGUUUUGCUAUUAUUUUUUCUUAAUUCUCAAUCUUUCUUGUGGUUGAUUUGACAUCCUUUAUUUGGUUAUGACUAAAUUAACUGUCUAGUUUUAAAAAAGAAAGAAGAUGACCACACCCCAGGGAGAGUAUCAGUUACCUAAAAUGUGUAGAUUUCCUGGUACAACUGAAGACACGAGUGCGCUUGACGUGAUCCAACAUCCCUGACUGCAGGACGGACUUUAAGAGUGAGUCGCACACUGGAUUAAUGUGUCAGGAGAGGGGGGUAGGGGGGCAGUAAUUGGAGGACAGGUGGAUUUAGUGAGUCUGGCAGACAAUUAUCAGCACUUUGUAAUGGUCCUGCCACCAGCCCUGACAUUACCUGUCUUUAAUAGGCUUUAAUUAGCCUGGGAAAUUUCACUUACCAAGCAGGGAGAAAUGAAGGGAGAAAAAGAAAUACAUAAAUGAAAAAAGCAGAAGAACAGAUCCAUCUGCACUUUUAAUGAAGAGAGAAAACACGUUUAAAAAUAACUAGCUUUUCCCAAUCGUGCGGCAAGCUUAAGCCGGACGUCCUUUGCGUACAUUCCAGCUGUGUAUUACAUGCGAUAACGUGCUUUGACCUCCAGUUCACCCAUGCGGUUUUAAAAGGAUUUGUCAUAAACCGUCACCAUAUUAAAUGCCACAAACUGUUGUCUGUGCUAACGGCAAAAAAACUGCAGGUGAAAAAUCUGGAGUCACCAAUUUUGAUGAUUUAUUUUGUAGAAAACAACAAAAAACACACACAUAUGUGACAGAAAAUACUUUUAUUUUGCAGUUGAAUCAUCUGGGUAAAUAUAUAUAUAUAAAUAUAUAUAUAAAUAUAAAGCUGUUUUAGAGGAAACUGUCUCUGACUGACCUUUACUUAGCUAAAAAAACCACACACUGUGAAUCGCAGAUGGUACCAACAAGAAACCUGUUUUAAACAAAGAAUUACAGGUCUGUUGGAGUCAUUCUUGUUAUCUGAGAAGAAGAAAAAUAAGUUUUUAAAUUUCCAGUGAUGCAAAAACAAAAGAAAUGAUUUGAUUAAAUUUGGGACAUAAUGUCUUAAUCUGGAUUUUUUCUGGUCAUGGAUGAGAUUUCAGUUUGGUUUUGGCUGAAUAAAACAAAAAAGAUAAGCGUGUUGAGAAAAAAAAUCUGCAACGGCAUAAAUGCCUUAAAGUCAGCCAGAGCAAGAAAGACAGGAAUCUAACCUCUACAAGACAUGUCCACUUGUUAUAUUGGAUUACUGGGGAAAUGAUGAGACGCUGUAAUUAUGUUUUUUUUAUGCUCAACAAAAAUGAUGUUUGGGUUAUACCAUUGACCACUGAUGACAAUUAUUCCUGUCCCGUCUCCAGCCUCUUAUCAUCAUCUGUAAAUGUUCCUGCCACCUUUUUUGCUACGAGGUGUAUUAUAAAUUGGAGCUAAUCUGUGUUUAGUUUUUCUCCUUUGUGCAAAUUCUGUGUAUUAAUGUGAAACUCCAAAACCCAACAUGUUGAAAAAUGACGUCAGAGACGACCUUUUUUCAAACCCCCACCCAAGAAAAAAAAAAAAAUGUAUUCCUUGUUUUUGGUGUCUUCUCAGACCUUUUGAGCCAAUAAUUGUCCGAUUUGUUGCCUAAAGUCAUCCAGUCCUUUGAUUUCCAUGUUUUCCUGCUUGCUCACACCUGUUCAGAUUCUCCUGUAAAAUAGGACAUAAACACUUCUCUGUGUUGUGUUGAUUUCUCAAUAUUUGUUUUCCAAUGGAUUUCAUUCUGUUCAAGUGUUAUUGGAAAAGAGCAGUUAAGGUCUCUCUGGCAUUAAAGUUUCUUUGAACUUGG